AUGCCACGAAACAACAGGUGCUCCAGCAGCACCAACACAUCUCAAAAUACCAACUAUGGCACAAUCACAAUAUCAUACGCCCCAUCCGCUACAUCCUCGACGUCAACCGCAAUGACAGAAGACAUGCCGCCAUCCCCACCAACACCCCACAACCCCAACGAGCAAAUUCCGCUGAGCCCGGCGGAACCACACACCAGGAGCAAACGUCCCACGCGCAACUUCGCAGCGUCGAACAUGUACUACGACUUCUCGGGCGGCCGAUCGCAAGCAUACCUAGCGCUCGAGAUCGAAGGCGACGAAGACGGCAGGGGGAUGUACGAGCAUUCGGACGACGCGGGGGGUGAAGACGACAGAGAUGAUGAGUUGAAGGGGGUGGAGAAGGGGUUGAUACUUGUGCUUGUUUUGGUGUCGUGUGGGUUCGUGGGUCUGCUUGUUGCGUGCGGGCGGCAGGUGGGCAUGUGA